GAUCCUCCUCGGGUGAAGGGUGGUGAAGGACAGCGCGCGGCGUGGCGAGGCCAGGCGAGACUAGCCGAGGACCGAAACAGGUGAGGCGAGGCGUGCGCGGGCGCGGGCGCGAUCUCUCGCAGGUAGUUUAAAAAUGGCGACCGACAGGUAGACGUUUCCGCGGCUGCACGCGCUGGCAGGCACGGGAACGCGUUACGCGCGCGAGGGGAGCGUAUUUUCUGGCCACCGGCCACAGUGAUCACAGUAUCUUGUUCCGCGAUACUGGAGACGGCGUUAACGCGCGCGCUCGCUCGCGGAUUAUGUCGUAGAUUACAGUAUUACACCGCGGUAGGCGCGAAGCGCGACGUGAAUGAAUCGCCCCGCCGUCGCCGCCGUGCGUCCGAGUUCGAGUCCGAGUCCGAAUCCUCGGUCCGAUCGCCUCGUCCUCGCCGUCGUCGCUCGUUACAUUCCGCUGCAACGAUCGAAUCGAGAUCGCCGAGGAAAUAAGGGAGAAAAGGAAUUAGGAAAGCGGAUCAUACGCAUCGCAACCACCGCAAUCACCGCAACCACCGCGUGUCGAGGCACACGUUUACAUACAAAAAUAUACCUGUAAAAAUUACAAACAUUAACAAUGGAACACUCCGAGUUAGUGGCAGAGAUGGUACACGUUGAAAGACUGACCACGCAAGAACGGUUACACUUGGCACGUCAUCGUAGACUUCAACAGUUAAAAGUAUGGAGGCAACGUGAGAAGGAAUGGCUGCGACAUCAAACUAGGCAUACGAGUAAUAAACGUCAUAUAUACUUUAGCGAUAGUGUUAUGUUGUUAGAAGCUGCAGCGAGGAAUGACAUUGAUGAAGUAAGAAGACUUUUGAAGAAGGGCGUGAAUCCUGAUUCAACGAACGAAGACGGUUUGACAGCACUACAUCAGUGUUGCAUAGAUGAUAAUGAGGAAAUGAUGAAACUACUCAUUGAAUUUGGUGCUAACGUGAAUGCGGAAGAUAGUGAGAAAUGGACACCGUUACACGCUGCUGCUACGUGCGGUCACUUGCAUUUAGUCAAAUACCUCAUUGCCAGAGGUGCGAAUUUAUUAGCUGUUAAUGCAGAUGGCAACAUGCCAUACGACAUUUGUGAAGAUGAGAAAACGUUGGAUUGUAUCGAAGGGGAGAUGGCAAGGCGAGGAGUCACUCAAGAAUUAAUAGAUGAAACGAGAGCUUCAACCGAGGUUCAAAUGUUACGCGAUUUACAAAAGAUUGCUUCUUUAGGAGGCGAUCUUGAAUACAAAGAUCAUCAAGGUGCCACGCCUCUUCAUAUAGCAGCGGCGAAUGGGUAUUUAAGAGUUGUAGAAUUUCUUCUUGAUCAGCAUGUAUCAACAGAUGUGGAGGACAACGACAAAUGGCAGCCAGUUCAUGCAGCUGCGUGUUGGGGACAUUUGGAAGUACUUGAAUUAUUGGUGCAAAACGGAGCAGAUUUAAAUGCAAAGAAUAAGCACGACGAAACUCCCGCGGAUAUAUGUGAAGAUCCGGAAAUUAGAGAGAGGAUAGUAGAAUUGAAAACAGAACAAGAGAGUAAACGACUUCGUGAAGCGCAAGGACGUAGGGUACGCAGAUCGCAAAGUAUUAACACACGAACACAAAGCGUACGUCGGACAUCUAUUCGAGACAAAGUCCUUACUACGAAAAAAGAUGCCCAGGAAGAAGCUCGUUUGAGGUUACAAGCGCAACAGACAUAUGUUAGUACUCCUACAACUAAUAUACCACCGUUGGAGAACAGUACGCAGGAAGUAGGGGACCAUGAGACUGAUUCCAGCGCGCUAACUUCAUCGGUGCGAAAAGGUCCCGAAGGAAAAGACAACGAGUCUUUUCUUCACGAAGAUGUUGAUAAAGAUUCAGUUUUCUACGUCACUUUUCUAUUUCUUUAAUUAUUAUGAUCUAUACGAUGCAUUUAAUUAUGUUAUCUUUUCCGUAUCAUACAUAUCACACUACGUUAAAAGUUAUUUGCUCACGGUGUACGUAAAACGUAUAUCUAUGUGUGCUGCGCAUACACGAUACAUUUUUUUCUCUGGAAGUUGUUCUCAACUGUUAAACGCACACAUACAUGUACACAUUUUGCUUUACAUUCAUAUCGAAUCUCUUUGGUAAGGCCUGAGUAUGUACUGGCUUCCUUAGCGUAUCUUUGUGGACCGUUUUAGCAAAGCUUAGCGGCCACUGAACGCAAGAUAGAAUAAUAAUCAAACGGAUUGUGGUAUUUAUUAUAGGUAUGUCGAAUUGUUUCUGUAAUUUCUUACAUAAAUUGGAGCCUAAUCGAUUUAGAGAACCGUAUAUAUUAUGCUAGUAGGACGCACAAUAAGUAGUAGAAUCGACAGAUACUUAUAUUAUUCUACAUUCUUUAUACAUAUUGUACCAUGCGCAGGUUUCUUCUAGAAUGAAAAUAUACGGGACGAUUCUUGAUUAUGAGCUCUUAUGAUCAUAAAAGCCAUAUCGAGAGAUACACAAAACAUGAAAAAGAUAUUAAUAUAUAAUUAAGAAUUGCCCUAUAUAUUUAGAUGACUUUUUGGUAAAUAUUUUGUCGAAUAAUACGCCCGUAAUGUAAUGGGCGGAUUUUGAGCCUAAAGCAUGAUCUAAGAUUGAUCGCAGCUCUACGAAUUUUAUGUAUACCUGUCGUCAAGUUUUACACAAUUCGUAUUAAAGAUUGAUAACGAAUUCUCUACUAAUCGGUAAAUACUUCGCAUCUAUUGUAUUAUGUGACGGAGUAAGUAAUGAGGGAUCACAACACACUUCUCUUAUUAUUGAAGUAGUCAAUUCGAAAAGUAUAUAAAAAGAAAAACAUAUCAGAUAUAGCAAAGACGAGUCAUUGAUGGACAUAUUACCAACGGAUCUUUAUGUUUACGUUUUUCUAGACGAUAACAGUCGAUAACAAUGCUUACUAGAUGAAACAUAAAAUUAUCAUAUCGUAUUUCAUUCACUAGUAUAUUACAAUCGAUAACAAGUAUAGUUAGAUCAGUCAUUCGUAGAUCGAAAUGUUGAAAAGAAGUUUCAUUGUAGUAAAAUGCGAAGACGUACAGAUAUAUCAUAGUCGUUAAACACUGCUCUUAUUCUUUGUAACAGCCGUGUUUGUCAUAUUCUUCCUCUUUCUCUGUCUCUAUCUCUUUCUCUUUCGUAUUCAUUGAUUUUGCUUGCGUAAGACGCAACCGUUGAAUCAUAGUAACAAUAUUGUAUACGUACACACAGAUGUGCAUAUGAUGGUCCUUCUUGGUGCAAUGUUUCCGAAACGCUUGUUGCUGAAAGCAUGUUAGGCUUGGCGCAUGAAACUCAUAGUUGACAGUGAGUUGACACCCUUGGUUUUUCCUCCUCCCCUUUUUUUUUUAAUUGUAAUCAGUGCGCAUAGGGAUAGAAAGUGGGGUUGAGGUGGAGGGGCGAAAAAGUGGCGAUCGCGUCGAUCGAAAAGUCGGCACGCUUGACGAGGAAGUAGCACAUUGGAUUUACGUGUUUGCCUGACAGCAGUGACAGGAUCUGACCCACUGGUCGGCAGCCAACAGCAGUCGCCGAUUUACUCUACGGACGCCGACACCAACGGCAAGAU